AUAUUGAUAUCGUUUUUUAACUUCAAGACGGUAUUUAGGCAAUCAAUUUUAUUCGUAUCAAAGAGAUGGUACUCUUAGGACCCAAAUUUGUGAAAAUUUGCUGAUGCAAUGCCCUAAUCCAAACCAUAGUUAAUAUAAAAGCCGUCAGGAACUGAUGCCCAACAUUUUAAGAUCUGAGGAUGAAGAUCUCUAGAAAUUAGUGAAUCCAAGUGGUUCUUAAAGUGUUUAUUUUGCCAAAAGCAAAUGGAUUGUUUCUGCCUUUAUGAACUUGUAACGAAGGACUUACAAUGCAGCUACUUUGCCUUGAAUUGGUUGUACGGUCGAUUCCACUUAAAGUAACACUAGCCGUUACAGUCACAUAAAAUUUCGACCCAAACACGCAAGCUUUUCAAUUGAGUUCUGUUUACUUUACGCAUUGAGUUCAAUACGCUUACAAUUAAGUUUUAAGGCAACUUUUGGUGAGGCUUUAACCGAAGUCUACUGUAGAUUUUGAUAGGCGUAGAAGAUAAGGUAGUUGGGAGGGCUGCAGCCCAUCUCAACAAGCAAAAUUUAAUUAGCACCGUCUACGUCCAUGUAAAGUUUAUAUUCGUCGUUCCGGAUCGAUGUCACCGAUUUUGCAUUCCGCUAUCUACACACAUUUCUCAAAAAUGGACCUCGGAUUUGAAAUCUUCAUCUUGAAAUUAUUAUCCAUAUUGUUAUGUUGUUUGAACUGUUCUAUUGCGAGUUACUUCAUUUUGAAUGUUUAGAUAUUUCUAAACAUCAACAAAUUCCAUAGAAAUGUAACAAACAGCUAAAUUUUGAAAACUGCGUUAUUCACGGCCGUGAUGGGGCACUGAAUUUUAUCAAAAACAUUUUCAAGAUCCAAAAAGGUGUAUGUUGAAAUGGGGGUACAAGGUAUUUUGAAGUGAUUGCGUGAUCGGAGUAUUCUCGAUGCGCGAUAUCGUGAAACGAAAUUUUAUUUUGCGUGAAUGCAUGAGUAGACGACAUUCGCGCGUGACCUGUGAAUUAGCAUUAGGGCAUGAUUGCGUAAAAAUAUGGCUGCAUGUGAAUUUCGAAAUGGAGUGCUUACGUUUUUACAAGCAGCAAGUCUUUGUUUCCGGUAACAGACCAGAUAAACAUCCUCAAUAUUCAAAGAAUCAAAUGCCGAUGGCUCUGCUAACAAGAAGCUAUAUGCAGAAUAUUGUCAUGACCUGACCGAAGACCUAAUAGUAAAAAUAAUUUUGUUAAAAAUUUAAGGAAUGGUACGUACUAGAUAGCUAUUCAAUGUUUCCCAACGGACCAGCAAUAUAGUACAAAUAUUGCCACCAACCUUUUGCAUUUUAAUUUAUAUUUCAUUUCUUGUUUGUUUUAUAUAAACAUUAACAAUAUUUGGCUAUUAUUAAACUUUCCCAAAAUGAAAUACCAUUCCUAGCAUAUUGACAUUUUAUCUUAUUUAUUUAUUAUGCUGUUAACUUGUAACUUUGAUGUUCUGUUUUAUUAGAUACAAAUACGACAAAGGCUCGAUAACUGUUAGAAUUUUUCGUGUGAGGCUAGUGAACGCUAGAGAGUAGUAGUGAAUUGCGAAUAGUGAAUCGCGAAAUUUAAUUCUCGGUGCCAUGAAAGCGUGAUUUGCAUUUUUUACGCAUUUUUGCGUGAUUCAGCAUUGAUACCUGGUACUUCCUAUAAAUUCCUGGAUUUCCACUAAGUUUUUUUGGAGAAAGUGUAGAAUUCUUGUUUUGAGCAGCAGCAACAACCACAGUAAGCUUCCCGUUACACUUGUUGACGAAGUUUGAAAAUGAAUGAUGAUAAACUGGAGACAAAGAUCGAAGACGAAUUAGACCAUGUUUUCUUAAAUAUAUCAUCAAAACAACACCAACAUGUUUUAUGUAGUUUAAAGAAACUAUGCAAGCUGCUAAAGCAAGAAAGAGCAAAGAAUGCUAUAGUAACAAAGGGUGGAAUUAGUCGCCUUUUUUCGCUGAUGCUGAAUGAGUUAGGCCACAGUGUACCACGUGAUCAUUCCUCCACAGUGGACAAUAACAAUCCCGCUGUUAUCGAGUUAUCAUUAUGGUGUCUUCAAAGGCUGUCUAAAGAAACCAAAAUAUUCAAAGAAGAGUUUGAAAGAGUCAAUGGGUCUAAAGUCAUUGAAAACUUGCUGUUGCAAAAACAGAGCGAAUCUAUCAUCAAAAGAGUUUGCACUUUGCUAGUUUCAGUAUAUGAAGCUGAAGAAGCUGGUCAGGGAAUUCUAAUUUCCCUCGUCAAUCUGCUGCCUCUGUAUGAGUCGCACAUCUGCUCAGUAACAAUUCACAGAACUCUAUGGUCGAUUUGUAAGAAUGCCACGUUAGUCGAGUGUGCAGUCUCAGCUGAUGGUUUUCAAUCACUUAUAAAAACAUUAGAGUCAGAUCUAGGAAAGAUACUUAAAUCAACUCUGAAAGUUUUGCAUAGAUUUUUUAGAAUCACAAACGGUUCAGAGAAUAUAUGCCUGCGUGUACUGGCUUUUAAUGGUUUGCCCUUACUAUUAUCAUUAAUGCAAAAGAAUAUACCAGAGGAGGAGCUUCGAAUGGUAUCCGACUGUUUGCAUUAUAUGAUUGUCGUUCCACGAGUUAGAGUAUCUAUAUGCGGUACAAACUUUAUUGAGGUUUGUGUGGAAGAACUUUCAAAAGAAGGUGACUCUCAGAGAUUCAAGAAUGCAUUUUCAUCACUUUGUCUCUGUGCCAUGGAGGCAAUGAAUAGAAGCAGGAUGCGGGGAUCAGGGGCGCUACAAAAACUGGUUAAACUUCUAGGCGAGUCAAAAUAUUCCAAAUUUCAUUUCCAAAUCGUCAGUACGUUCGUCUGCUUUGUAUUUGACGAUCCCAGCCUUGAUACCAUGUUACGGGCAGGCCUUUUGACAAGUCUUCAUAUUUAUUUAGAGCGGAUAUUGAAUCUAAGUCUGAAAAGUCAACUGGACGAACAACCUGAAGAUUAUAUUGCCAGAAGUUUCGUUGUUAAGUCUACGGAAGGCAGCCCAGUGCUCCCGAGUGCUGAUGGCUCACUGACUAAUAUUCAUGGACACAGAGGCCCAUUUCAAGAUGUGCUGCUUAUACUUGCAAAGUUGUCUCAAACUAGGGCCAUUCGUUUCAUGGUCACCAAAGCCUGUAUUAGCCCAUUAUUAAAAUACAUGAAUAUGAAAGACCCUUAUGACACGAGAUCUGAGAGAAUUCUCAACAGAAUCACCCAAAAUCCAUUAUUUUUUGAGAUACUUCUCAAGCUAGGCCUUGUUCAGUCAAUAUUUUUUCAGCUACACACUGGAUAUAGUGUCGAUGAUCUGGAAAAUUUAUUUAAUUGCACAAUGUCUAGUUGCGAUGGAAACAAAGAAGUUUUGCUAGACCGGAAUGCCAUGUCUUUUCGAGAACUGGCUCAGCUUUUUCAAAAACCAAAAUGCGAAGGAAAAGUUAAUACCGUUAGUUUUACUGAGAACUUGUCUCAAUGCAACGCUAGUAAAAGCAAAGCGGAAGAAAUUUCCCCUGUAACUACCAGACAACGCAAGAAAGGAGAAGUGACAUCAUCAUUACAAAGUAAGAAGUGCGGAAAAUCACUUUUAUUGAACUUGACACGACACGCUGAAUCUCUUUUUGGUCAAGGGGUGUUAGCACAUGGUCUUCUUUCGGAUUCUUGUGAGGUUAAAGAAGCUUUUGUAACUGGAUUCUGUUACAUCUGCAGAUCCCCUGCCACCAUCAAGAAGAUAUUCGUUGAUCUGAAAGGACUAAAGAUGAUAGGGAAUAUGUUAUCAAACCAGCCCAGCAACUACACAAGACUGUGCAAUGCAGUUCUAGCUUGUAAAGGAUUAGCAGAUUCAUUGCAGAUAGUAUCUUGUUCAAGGAACACAACCGAUCUCAGUGAUAAGUACGAACGGGCUGUAAAUAGGAACGGUCUGCGCAGGAGUCGUCAUAAAGAUGAAGUAUGUGACGUCACAAGAAAGAAACCAAGGGUUGAAAAAUGCAGUGAAGAUGACAGGAGACAUGCUUGCUGCGUCUUGUCGUUGUUAUUUUGCAGGUAUGAAGCGCCAGAAAUGUGCAUGCAAAGUCCAGAAACAAGUCUUGAUUAUGCCAUAGAGAAUGACAAAUCAAAGUUUGAAAUCGCUUGUUUCUCUUUGGAAGGACAUGUAAGAAUUUAUGUUGACAAGGAAGUAAUAUGUAACGUGUCGCCUGUAUUCGCUGCCAUGCUUUCAAGUAAUUUUGUCGACUCUUCUCUGCCAUACGUAGAGUUACAAGACGUCUAUGCGACAAGUUUUGUUAUUCUCUUGCACAAUGUUUAUGGUUGCGACAUAGACUUUGAAACAUUGCAGUGUCGCGGUAAUUGCCAUUUUUGUGGGAAAAUUCAUAUCUCAGAACAUGAUGUCAAAACAAUGCCUGGUUGUACCACCGUGGAUUCGCAACUCAAAAUGCAAGGUGGUGAAGCUGACUGCAUUGAUUCUAUAGAAUGUGACAAUGAUAAAAUUUAUAGCAAUAUAUCUGGUCAUCUUUCAAAGGACAAGGAUCGCAAAUCGGUGGAGAAAUUUCACUGUUUUGCCCAGCAUUUUACAGGGAAGCAGAAGCUAUUUCUGAUCGCAGACGUGCUUCGAUUGAGUGACCGGUUUAUGAUAGACGCCCUUCGAGACGACUGCGAAAGUCAUUUAACGAGCUCCAUAUCUAAUAAAAAUGUGGCAGGACUUUACAUUGAGGCAGUGUCCUGCCAAGCAAGACGUUUGGCAACUUGCUGUGUCAGCUUCAUGCUUUCGAAAAUAAACGACCCCAAAGAUUUCCUAACCACUGCGGCUAAUGUAUUUAAAUCCGCUGAAGCCGAUCGAUUUAAAGACGAUUUACAGAAUGAGUUACUGUCACGUAUACAAACAUAUAGCUAGUGAGUUUUGAAAGGUUUUAAUCAAUUGAAGUGUUCCAUUCUUGUUACAGGCAACGGAUAGAUACUAAGGUGGCUUAAGCGGUCUUUCAGUCUACAAAUGGCCAAUAUAUAACCUUGUAGUAGCUUAAGCCACUCUAUUACCUGUGAACUGCCUUUAUUAUGGCGAUUAUUGCACUGAUUUGCGAUAAAAAAGGAUUAACCGUAAAUAUGCGACAAUGUUAAGGUAAUACACUAUUUUAUAUAAAAAGACACUCGCAAAGAGUUCACCCUCGGUGUUUAUAAAAUUUUUGCCAGUCUCGACUUGAAAUGACACUGAUUUGUUUUAAUAAGAUGUUUAGAUUACGCAAGAGAAAGUUUAAUUUCAAAUAUCCUAUGCUGUAAGUAAGCGGUUCAUUUCUGUUCGUAUUUCGUGCUUUAUUGCUUAUAGGAAAGUUUAUGACAAAGUUUUUAUCGCAUUGUACAAAAUGUUUAGUUCUUUAUACGAGCCUUAAAAUGUUUCUUAAUUUUUGGGCACUCUGAGCCUCGUGUUUCUUAUAUUUGGGCACUCUGAGCCUCAUGCAUUGUUUUUUAUUCUGAAUCUUUCCGUAAUGCCAUAAGUGCAGUGUUCAAUUCUGUCAAUGUUUCUGUAAAGUAAAUGUCCCAGUUCAGAAAAUAUUGUUGUAAUGUCAUUGUCCCCAUAGUGCCGAUGUCUAUUUAAUGUCCCCCCAGUAUCGAGAUACUUCAGAAAAAGCGACUUGAUGUGAUAAAGCCUCAUCUUAGGUCUUCCCGUGUUGUCAAAGUAAUGCCCUCGUAAAGAACAUAUCUCGGUACGAUGUGUCGUAAUCGAAUCGAAACGUCCAUAUUCCCGUAACGAUAUCUUUGUUGCUAUCGAUUAUAUUCACCUAAUAAUAUCGCUAAUAGAAACUUACAUUCCUUUGCUCAAAAUUACGGUUCCUUGAAACGUUUCUUUUGCUAUGUAUUUUUUGCUUCUUACAUUAGAUAAGGAAAUCUGAAUGCAUGCAUUUUUCGUGGUUAUGGUUUUAAAUUGAGAGUUACUUGCAAAUAUUCAAUAUGCCUUCAUAACACUAGAUAGUUCAUAUCACAAUAUCAGGAGUGUAAAAUGACAUAUUCAUUGUUAGUGUCUUGCGUCUGUUAGUCUGUUUAAGCCAAAUAUUUUUAGACUGAAACAGAGAGGCAACCCAGUCAAGUUCAAAGCGAAUUCUGAGGCCCUGCCGCUGGAAAUCUUUUCGAUCUUCCAAUUUUUCACGCCAAAGUUUUUGGCUGAGAUUUUAUUGUUUUUAUGGUGUGGUGGCACUACUGUCUUUGCUCAGAAACUCAAUCAUCAAUUUAAUUUUAACCUUAUUCUGUACUGUCAAAACAUAAGGUUUAUGAAGAUUUAGGUUUAGAUCAAACAAACACAAACAUGUAAGCAGAUCAGUAAAACCCAACUAAAAAGAUUGAAAUUACUAAAAAUAGAAACUUUGUGAAUGAUUCACUACAAUAAUGUGGAAGAAUUCCAAAAGACAUGAUCGAAUUGGGAGUUUUCUUGAAAAAUCUUUGUCAUAUAAUUAUUUUUCAUAAAACAAGGCAAGGUGUAUGUUUUCCUGAAGAGCUCAGUUCAAAAUGGUGUUGGCCUGUAAUCAUACCAUGCCCCAUAUGCCUGGAGGGAAUAUCUGGUGGAGAGAAUAAUGGAAUACAUUGAGGGUCAUAACAUAUUUACUAGGGUUUCUGCCACUUUAUCAGUUUUCAGGAAACAAAAUUAUACAGCUAGCUAUGUGUUAGUUUGACACGGUCCAUCGUCACAACCAACGACAUUUUUCCAUGCAAACCACUGUGUUCUAACGCGAGAGUGCCCAGCUUUAUUUGUCAAGGAAUUCCUUACUAAUCGUAGUUUAGAGAGAGUGGAGAGUUUUAAUAUCUUGGGUGAGUCGAUAUGGAAUCUUGACCUUUUCUACACUAUCAUGUUCAAGCAUGGUUCAACUAAUGAAAAUUAAAAGAAAGCCCGCUAGAAAGGAAAGCUGAUAUAUCUAUGGCAUAUUAUAUUUUACAUAUUGCAUAUGUUACUGAUUUGUAUGUUUCAUAUAUUCUUCUGAUUAGUAUGAGAACAGUUGAUUAGUAAUGUUCUGACUUAUGUGAACAAUAUUAUUAUAUAUCAUAUUCAUUUGAUAUAUAAUAGCGUUACAUGUAUCUGUUUAGCGUUAUAUAAAUGUAUAAAUUAUAGUGUUACAUGUUUUUAAGCCUACAGUAGUGGCCUGUUAGCUCAAAAGCUGACUUGCCAUACGCACGAAGGAACGUAUAUUUAAUAAAAUCCCGAUAUAACGAACUCUGAAGGGAACCAGAAAAUAGUUCGUUAUUUCAGGGGUUCGCUAAACAGGGAGAAAACGUUUUCUGGGUUUUUCGCAGUUCCCGCCAAAAAACCUGCCGUGGGCUUGUUUAGGCUUCAAUAUUCAACUUCUGUGCACACUUUACUCCAAAAAACAAGCUAAAUUAAAAUAUUACUAAUGUUUAGUCAUCGAAAAUAAAGAUCUUAAUGCUCCUCUUACAAUUUGGUACCCAGACAUUGGCAAAGCUGAUAUCGCUUCACUUCUAUUUGGCGGUUGAAUGACGUCUCCGAUUAAUUUUCACAUUUUAUUUUGUUUUCUUCUGCUAAUCUGGGUCUUUCAAUACAAUUUUG